UAUUGCGCAUGCGUACUGGUUGACAUACCGGCGACGGUAGUUCGACGGUGGCCUAGCGAAUACAGGGGAUUACGAGCCCAAUCUGACAGGGUACACCAUGAGUCAGAGUAAGGACAAUGCAAGACUCAAGAGCUACAAGAACAAGUCUCUCAACACAGAUGAGAUGAGGAGGAGGAGGGAAGAGGAAGGUCUGCAGCUCCGCAAACAGAAGAAGGAUGAACAACUUUUUAAAAGGAGAAAUGUUGCCACUGUGGAGGACGAUGGAGCCCUGGAGGAUGAUGGAAUGGCCGACAGCGGCUACCUGGAAUCACAGGCGAACAACCUGGAUCCACUCAUGGGUGGGGUCAUCUCUGAAGACAUGAUUCAGAUGAUCUUCUCCAGUUCUCCAGAGCAGCAGCUAAUAGGCACUCAGCGCUUUAGGAAACUCCUUUCUAAAGAACCAAACCCACCCAUUGAUGAAGUUAUUGCUACUCCAGGGGUUGUGGAGCGUUUCGUUGAAUUUCUGAGGAGGAGAGAAAACUGUACACUGCAGUUUGAGGCUGCGUGGGUCUUGACCAACAUUGCUUCAGGUACAUCCCAUCAAACGCGCGUUGUGAUCCAGGCAGGGGCCGUGCCCAUAUUCAUAGAGAUGCUCGCCUCAGACUUUGAGGACGUACAGGAACAGGCAGUGUGGGCCUUGGGAAACAUAGCAGGUGACAGCACAGAAUGCAGAGACUUUGUCAUAGACUGUAACAUUCUUCCCUCUCUGCUGCAAUUAUUGGCCAAACAAAAUCGUCUAACAAUGAUGAGGAACGCAGUGUGGGCGCUGUCCAACCUGUGCAGAGGAAAGAACCCACCUCCAGAUUUUGCCAAGGUAUCCCCGUGUCUCAGCGUGCUUUCCUGGCUGCUGUUUGUUAACGACACAGACAUCCUUGCUGAUGCAUGCUGGGCGCUCUCUUACCUUUCUGAUGGCCCCAAUGACAAGAUCCAGGCUGUUAUCGACUCAGGAGUCUGUCGAAGGCUUGUGGAACUGCUGAUGCACGCUGAUUAUAAGGUGGUGUCUCCUGCACUGAGAGCUGUUGGAAACAUCGUCACUGGAGAUGAUCUGCAGACACAAGUGAUUCUGAACUGUUCAGCACUGCAGUCUUUACUUCACCUGCUGAGCAGCCCCAAGGAGUCUAUUAAGAAGGAAGCUUGUUGGACAAUCUCCAACAUCACUGCAGGGAAUCGAGCACAAAUACAGAUGGUGAUAGACGCGGGUCUGAUGCCUCCUCUCAUCAGUAUUCUGCAAGUAGCUGAGUUUCGCACAAGAAAGGAGGCAGCGUGGGCUAUUACCAACGCCACCUCCGGCGGCUCUGCAGAGCAAAUAAGGCAUCUGGUGGAACUUGGCUGUAUAAAACCUCUGUGUGACCUUCUCACACUGAUGGAUUCCAAAAUAGUCCAAGUGGCUCUAAAUGGUCUAGAAAACAUCCUGCGACUGGGAGAGCUGGAGGCCAAGAGAGGAGGAGGCAUUAACCCGUACUGUGCUCUCAUCGAAGAGGCCUAUGGCCUGGACAAAUUAGAGUUCCUGCAGGGUCACGAGAACCAGGAAAUCUACCAGAAAGCCUUCGACCUGAUCGAGCGCUACUUCAACACCGAAGACGAGGACCCUUCGCUGGCUCCGGCCGUCGACCUGCAGCAGCAGCAGUUCCUCUUCCAGCAGUGCGAGGCUCCGAUGGAGGGCUUCCAGCUAUAAUGCUAAAAAUCUCCCCCAAGCUCCAGCUUCACCUUCAUCUACGCUCACGUCUCAGUCGCUGCCCACAGCCAAGACCCAGAGUGACAAACAGCCCUGCUCCUCCCCUUUCCCAGCGAGAUGGAUUCAAUCAUCAUCUUGAUCGUUAUCAUACUACGUAACAGUGAAGAAGCACAUAUUUGUGCAUACAUCCAACAUGGGUCAAGUCUUGUCAGCCAGUUCAUCAAGGUUCACUUUAUUUUUCUGUUUUGUGCCGACUUCCUGGCCAUAGCUCCAGCAUCUCCUGUCAGACCAUUCCCAUACUCCUCAUCAGACAGAAGAACAUCCUUCUCCUUGUUGCCAUAGGAAUAGCAAGCACUCUCUCAGCCAAUGGGAGAAUUUGGACUGCCCUGCUUGUCUGAAGCAUUAAUGACUUGGAAGAUGGACAAAUAUUGACCCGGUUCCCCUUAAUUUGUCCUACAACACAGAGAAAGAUCCAACCUAAACAAUGGACUGACCCCGAGACAUUGACCUCAUCUUUGAGUGCAUCACUUGGACUGACUAAGAAAGGCACUUAACUUGAAAAAAAAAAUGGAGGAUUAGUUUCCUCAACUUUUCUCAGAAUCCACACAUAGACUCAAUUAGAAACUUGACUGUGUCGCUGCGCGGUGGAUUGCUCGCAUUCCCACCCUGAUCUCAUAUCAUUCCUUCUUACCAGUAUUGGGACUUUUCCACAUGCACUGGCUCCACCUUCAAGAGUUUAAACUGCCGCAUCUGAUUUAAAAACCCCAUGGAACCAUGGGAAUUGGAGUCUUCCCUCGCACUGAGACAAUUGGACUUGGACAAAACUAAACAGACUAUAUAGCCCUGGAUUCUGUCCAGCAGCAAGCCAGCGGGAUUUUCCGUUUUUGUUUUUUUUUUUUUUUUCCGUUUAUUAAACCGUUUCAUUUUAUUUGCAGCACUUUAGUUCUGGACUUUUGCCUGUUCAUCGACAGUAGUCUUUAUGUUUGCUAUUUAAGUUGUUUGAUGAUACGGCUCUUCCCUCAGGAAGCGAGAUGUAAAGAGUCCAGGCCCUCACUCCUGGUAUGACAAACGUUACACUGUUUACCCUUCUACCAAAGGGGAAUUCGAGCAGAUUGUGGACUGAAAUUGCCAGCAAACUCUUGUCAAAAAUUGGGAUUUUUUUUAUUCCCUCAGCAAAACUAAAACAACUCUGCAUUUGGUGAAUUGGCAGUUUUAAUCUUUGAGCAGUCUAACACGAAUCCAGAUAAAUGUUUGCUGUUUGAUUAUGCCAAAUCAAGACAUGUAUCAGACUGAAGAAUCAAGGUUGGUCUUUUUUUUUUUUAAUUGGGAGUUAGCAUCUUUAGUUGUUGGUGCCAUAAUCCCUAAUAUAUGAAAGUUUUUCCAUAAAACAUCAACAGAAAAAAAAGGAAGAAAAAAAAACAUCCAGAUUAAACUUGAAAAUCCUCAUGAUCAUUGUAGUUAGCACAACUGAAUGUUUGUUUACCAAGUACUCUUCUCAUGUUGCUUAAUUUUGUCAAAAGUCUCUUCAAGAGAUGACCAGCUCUUCGUGUUCAUUACUGUUUGUUGUACCAAGUUUGUGCAUCUGUUCUGUUCUGCCAUUUGCAUAAAAGUCAUUUCAGAAACUCCACAAACAGUGGCACGUGGAUCAGUUUCAUUGCUGCAUGUGAUUACCGUGUGUUUCGCCAAGGUAGAAAAUGUUCAUUUCAGUUUUAUUCAGUAAUUUUCUCAUAAAUGCUUGUUUGAAAUUGUAAUAGAGAGACUAUAAUCUCGUGUUUUUUCAAAUAGUCCGACAUCAAAAUCAUAAAAUUCAUGUUCAGUUUGAGUAAAACCUCCCAGGUAAGUUUAUUAAUUAAUAGAACAUAUCUGAAGAACAAUUACUUUAUGAACGAGAACAAGACAAAGAACCCAAUUACACUGGAUCUACUGUCUCUAUUAAAUUUUCAAAGUAAAUACAGGUAUGUAUAAACAAAGGGAACAGUAAAUUUUGCAUUUAUCCAGUGAGAAAAGUUUUAUUCUCCUUUCAUUUAAUUCCUCACUGCAACUCCAGGCUUGGUACCACUACAGAUUUCUCCUUUCCUCUGAGAACCCCAACUGUUUGGAAAACAGUCACUCCUUAAAUGUCUGGGGGUUUUUUUUUUCUACAGUUAGAUCUGCAAUGUGAGGCUAAUCGCCUGUUUGGCAAAAAGUCCCACUGAGUUCAAGUUCAGUGGAGGACUCUGGGAACUAGUCCAUAAGUUGAGAGCUUUGGUACAAACACUAAUUAGGCAAAAAUACAGUUGAUACCAUGUGUUUACAUGCAUGGAGAAAAAAGAAAAAACUAAAAAGACAACAACCUGUCCAGGUUUUUUUUUUUCCUCACUGACAAUGCAUCAAAAUAUUUCUAUUUGGCAACGCCAGAUGAUGAUGUUAAAUUGAGGCAAAAUUGUGGAUGUAUUUUAAAUGCCGAAAGCUGCUUUCUAAUGUAAUGACAUCAAAAAAUUUAAAAUAAAUCUAAGAUACCGGAAAAAUUA